AUGGCUACCGUUGCACCCCCGGAAAACUUCCAGCCCCAAUCAGCCCUCGUUCAACUGCCGUCUGAAAUAAAGCACAUCAUUUUCGGCCUUUGUCUCGUCAGCGAUACUCCAAUUUCCGACCCACAGAUUGCUUGCUAUAGCAAGGAACGGCAGAAAGAACCAGUCGACAAUAGCCUCUCGAGGGUUUCUCUCCUUCAGACAUGCCGCAGGAUAUAUCAUGAAAUCGAUCGUCGACCACUGUUCGCGCAAAACACCUUUCGUUUCUCAAGUCUCGAUAUCAUGCAGACAUUCCUUAAAGCACUGCCGGCUAGUUGUAGCAAGAGCAUCCAAGAUAUCGAGAUUGAUUUGGGGAAAUUAAAUUCUGAUCAUCCCCAUCUCACGCGUGAGUGGUUACAGUAUCUAGCGUGGACUCAGGACGACCGCAAACCCUCCCUACGCAUGGAUACAGGUGGCUUAAAGUGUCUCCGACUUAACCUUGAGGCAUGGCCUGUGAUUCCAAUGUACCGAUGUGAGCUUUGGAACGUUCUUCGAAAUAUCCUGCGGGGGGUUGCGGAUAUUGAGAGAAUCGUUGUCACCGGAACAAGCCGAGGUAAAACAAUGGCUCAGAAGGCACCGUGGUCGCCAGUCCAUUUUGUAGGCGGCGAUAAUGUAGGCUCAGAUGAUCUGAUAUCUCGAAUGAGCAACUGCGUGGUGGCGAGACUCGGUGAACACAAAGUGAUCACAUGGUUGAGAAAGGACAACAAGCUUCAGUUGGAAGUCUCAUCGAUAGCCCCCGUAUGCGAGAAUACAGGUGCACGGCUGACUGGGCCCGACACUUGGCCACUCAACGGAGUCUGCACUGUUUCUACGUACAAGCAAUACCGCCUUGAUAGCAAGGGUCAAGAGCUCAAUCCCAGUGUCGACGAAUGA